GCGCGCCGUGGGGCUGCGGCGGCCUGCCUGGAGGGUGCGCAAGGAGCGGGCGCGGAGCCGGCGGGCGGGCGGAGGAUAGCGCGGGCGCGGCACCGCGGGCCCGAGGGUCUGGCUGUCGCAGCGCCGGGCCGCCCCGACUCCGAGCUGCUGCUGAGAUGAGUGCAGUGUCGCAGCCCCAGGCUGCUCCCAGCCCGCUGGAGAAGUCACCCAGCACGGCGAUCCUGUGCAACACAUGUGGAAAUGUGUGCAAGGGCGAGGUGCUGCGGGUGCAGGACAAGUACUUCCACAUCAAGUGCUUCAUCUGCAAAGCAUGUGGCUGCGACCUGGCCGAGGGCGGCUUCUUCGUGCGGCAGGGCGAGUACAUCUGCACGCUGGACUACCAGAGGCUCUACGGCACCCGCUGCUUCAGCUGCGACCAGUUCAUCGAGGGUGAGGUGGUGUCGGCGCUGGGCAAGACCUACCACCCCGACUGCUUCGUGUGUGCCGUCUGCCGGCUGCCCUUCCCCCCUGGGGACCGAGUGACCUUCAACGGGAAGGAAUGCAUGUGCCAGAAGUGCUCCCUGCCCGUGUCGGUGGGCAGCAGCGCGCACCUGUCCCAGGGCCUCCGAAGUUGUGGGGGCUGCGGCACAGAAAUCAAGAACGGCCAGGCCCUGGUAGCCUUGGACAAGCACUGGCACUUGGGCUGUUUUAAGUGCAAGAGCUGUGGGAAGCUCCUGAACGCAGAGUACAUCAGCAAGGAUGGGCUGCCCUACUGCGAAGCCGACUACCACGCCAAGUUCGGCAUCCGCUGUGACAGCUGUGAGAAAUACAUCACGGGGCGCGUGCUGGAGGCCGGAGAGAAGCACUACCACCCUUCCUGCGCGCUAUGUGUCAGGUGCGGCCAAAUGUUUGCAGAAGGCGAAGAGAUGUAUCUUCAAGGUUCCUCCAUCUGGCAUCCGGCGUGUCGACAAGCAGCCAGAACUGAAGACAGAAACAAGGAAACCAGAACUUCCUCAGAGAGCAUCAUUUCUGUCCCUGCUUCCAGCACCUCAGGGUCUCCGAGCCGUGUGAUUUAUGCCAAGCUUGGUGGUGAGAUCCUGGACUACAGGGACUUGGCAGCCCUUCCGAAAAGUAAGGCCAUCUAUGACAUCGACCGCCCCGACAUGAUCUCCUACUCACCCUACAUCAGCCACUCUGCAGGGGACAGGCAGAGCUACGGCGAGUCCCCUCAGUUGCUCUCGCCAACGCCGACCGAGGGGGAUCAGGAUGACCGGUCCUACAAGCAGUGCCGGACCUCCAGCCCAAGCUCCACAGGGUCGGUGAGCCUCGGGCGCUACACUCCCACCUCACGGUCACCACAGCACUACAGCCGUCCAGCUGGUACUGUGAGUGUGGGUACCAGUAGCUGCCUCUCCCUGUCCCAACACCCAAGCCCUACAUCCGUGUUCAGACAUCAUUACAUCCCCUACUUCCGAGGCAGUGAAAGUGGCCGGAGCACCCCCAGCCUCUCCGUGCUCUCUGACAGCAAGCCGCCCCCCUCCACCUACCAGCAGGCACCUCGCCACUUCCACGUCCCAGACACUGGCGUAAAAGAUAACAUCUAUAGGAAACCCCCUAUCUACAGACAGCAUGGUCCUGUAGCCCAAUCCCAAAUUUCCAAGCUCUCUGGCCUGGUAUCAGUCUUGUCCUUGGUGGUGCAGGAGGCAGGGUACGGCAAAAGACAGACGGGCCCGAGCCCGCCGCCCGCUGCAGCUGCCAGGCGAUCGGAUGGGGAGGAUGGAAGCUUCGACCAGGAUAGCAGGAAGCAGAAGAGCAGCUGGCUGAUGCUCAAGGGGGAUGCAGACACAAGGACCAACUCUCCAGACCUGGACACCCAGUCCUUGUCCCACAGCAGCGGGACCGACAGAGACCCUCUCCAAAGGAUGGCAAGGGACAGCUUUCACUCACGAUUCCCCUAUUCCAAAUCUGACCCUCUCCCAGGACAUGGAAAGAAUGGCUUGGACCAGCGGAUCUAUCCGUAUGACUCCCUCAUCGUCACAAACCGAAUUCGCGUGAAACUGCCCAAAGACGUGGACCGGACGAGACUGGAGAGACACUUGUCGCCCGAGGAGUUCCAGGAAGUGUUUGGGAUGAGCAUUGAGGAGUUUGACCGCCUGGCCCUCUGGAAGAGGAAUGACCUUAAGAAGAAAGCCCUGUUGUUCUGACGGCCGCCAGCCUGCCCCACCGGUGUGUGCCGGAUGCCAAGGCGAGGGGCCCCUGGCGAAAACCACGCACACCCCUCCCACACACCUUGCUCUGGCUUCUCUGUGUCGAUGGGGUGGGCGGGAGGGGGUCCCCCAGCAGGUGCGGCCCCUGUGCCUGCCAGCGACGCUCCUGCCCGUAGUUUAGGGCCGAGACGGCUAGCUUCACACCACCCUUCCCCGCUGUGGCUUGGUGUCAGGGAGAGGCUGCAGAGUGGCUGUGUCAGGCAUCAGACAGAGCACACAGGUGGCUGCAACCCAGCCCACCUUCCCAGUGUUCUUGAGGUGCCCUGGCCCCGGUGCUAGGCACGUGGGGGACAGAGGUGGCCGGGAUGUGAGCUGUGAGGCUUGUUGAUGACAGGUGCUGACACCAUCAUCGGGGGUGGGCACACGGCCCUUCGGAGCCUGGGCAGCCUGGCCUCACAGGCAGACUCGCGGAUGGGGCAGCAAGCGUCUGGGACAGUGCCAAGAGUGGGGUGUGUGAUUUUUGCAGGCGUUUGUGAUGGGUCUCUUUAGGGACAAAUGUCAACAAAGGACAAGACAGGGCACCUUCCACCAGCGCCCCCCCAUGCGCUGCGUUCCUCUUCCAGAUCGCCCCCUAGAUGCCUACACGAUAUCUUUAAAGUAACACAGAAGUUUUUAUUUUAUUAAAAAGUAUAGCCUACUGAAACGCGAGAUGACAUAUAUAGAGUUUAAUUUUACGGUCCCUCCGCAGGGGAGCGGCCUCCAGCCUUAUUCUCCACCGCUCGGAUCUGUGUGGUUUCAGUCUGUUCUUGGUGUGGUCCUCAUACGUAGUGCUCCCUGUCUGGUUUCUUUUCUCUUUCGUUUUUCUUUUUCUCGUCACACAGGUAACCUUAAAGACAGACCCCUCUAAAUAACGCUUUGUAAAUACAUGUGAAGUAUAGCCACCACUGUUUUCCUUGCUGUUAUUUUUCCAAGUCUUGGAGAGAAAACAUCAUCCUCUGAUGGCCAAAGCCCUGGAAUCAAGGGUUUCCACGUACCCUGCCUAAUACCCGACGUAGCUCUUGAUGCACCAUCCUUGUGCUGUGACUGGCGGUGUCUCAGCCUGAAACAUAAACCCCACACGCCCCAGGAGCGAUAUGCUCCCUGAAACAGACAACCACACGCUGUUAGGGAGAGAAGGAUGGAGAUAGGAUGGAGAUAUGGCUCUUCUCAUCUUCGAAGCCAGCAGGGCAUCCCGGAGCAGGAGGCUGGCCGGGCUCCCCAAGCGAAGGCGUUGGUAUCUGUCAUUAGGCAUGUGUUAGGUUGCAGCGCCGGCCGUCACAGGAUGCUGAUAAGUGCGCUGAGAGGUGGCUGAAACACCAAAGUCUGUUUCCCCGUCUGCAGUGGGUGUUGCCUCUUUGUGUGUGUCCCGAGGUUCCUGCCUGUGAGUCGGCCUUACUCUGCUUCCUUAGCGCCCAUGACACGCCAAGUCCUGUUUCGCACUCGGCUUCUCACCCGCCUGGCUCGGCUAGGGAGAGGGAGUUUUUAGCACCUAAUAUGCUUCCUGCCAUUGCGCAAUCUGAGCCUGAGCAACUGGAAACCCCCAUUUCUCAUUAGUGCAAUGUCAUAUCUGAUCCCAGGAAGCCUGGAAAAUAAAAGACGAUGCAUUAUAACUUGCGGAA